GGGCUGACCAUGGGCCUCACCGCUCGCUCCCCUUUGCUACUUCGGAACUUACCGUUUAAGGCAACGAUGACUAGUAUGGGCACCGAUAGAUGGACAGCUGAACAGCUGGUCAGCUUAUGGACACAAGUCCUAGAUGAUGACCCGGUGAAACCUGAAGCCAAGAUCGCACCCCGUCCUUGGUGUCCGAAGCACAAUACCAAGCUUCCAUUGAAAAAAAUGAUGGUCGAUAGGCUGACAGAUGUAUCCUCGAAGAAGAAAGUCAUAGAGGCGGCGAAGUCCCGUGCGCCGGACAAAAGCUAACUCUUCUCCAGGUACCAUUGGAUAUAACAGAGACAUUCAAUGCAUCAAGGUCACUAUUCGCAUGGUGCAUCAAACUCCGGAACACACCCUCUUGUGUUCAAAUAACUAACAAGAUUUUGAUCACAUUGAGCUGUUUGAUGGGCUUGUUGAGAAAUGUCGAUCAAACCCGGAUCGAGGGAAAGUCCCUUCCUAGUUGGUGAUGCUAGAAUACUUCAAGAGUAGACCGCAAGCAAGACACAAUUUUCAGGCUUACCGAUCCCGACAGAGGUAUGCAGUUGCGGAGUAUAUCGCGACAAGCCCAAGCAACGAUCUUCGAUGAUGGUAAGAGAAUGCCUCACUCGGUAAGGCCUGAUAUAGAAAGGAUCCCUUCCCCCGCGUUCCUUUUUCUCCUUGUUGCGGGGUCGGUUGCCAGCGGAGCAGGAUGCGAGUUGUGCUUACGGGGCGGCGAUGGAGAAUCGCCGAUGUUGGGCUGAAAUUCUGCCGGACCAAGUGGCAUCUUCUUCUGAGGACUUUGCGAGUGUGAUGAUUGAUCCCCGAACCCGUUUACUAAACCCCAACAUGGAACACCGAAAUGUCGUUAUCAGAAGGGUUCGCCGUAAGCAGCACAGCAGUUGUGAUCAAUGUCGAAAAGCAAAGCGAGCUUGCGAUGCUGCCCAUACCGUUGGGACUGUCCUCAUGGACGGUCGGAAACAGCAAUCCUCGUACGCAAAGUCUGUGAACCGCGAAGAGAGACAACAAGGUUCCGCCGCCAAGUGUAGCAAUUGCCAAAAAAGUGGUCGGGAUUGCACAUUCUCAUGGCUCCAGGAUAUACCAUCAUACAAAGCAGCCGAUGGAGUCAAGAAAAAGCAGCAGCAGCAGCAGCAGCAGCAGCAUCGCAGCACUGCCCAUUUGUCGAGAGAUCAAGUCAUGUUCCAGACUGAUACUCCUCAAUUAGCAAAUCCUUCAGACACCCGGAGGAGUCAAGCCGGGUCGAAGUUUGACCAACAGACACAGAGUUGGGACUUCAACCCGAUCGCGAACGAGGCCUUGGGAGAUUCUGGCUGGCAUGGAGACCGUACGGGACAACAAGACCCAACCUGGCGUAAUCAAGAAUUGGGCUCUUGUGGGUCAGGAUCUGAUUGGCAUAUCGACAACACAGGCAUCGAGAAUCUCAUGAGCGGAGGGACCUCGACAGAUGAUGGCCUCGAAUUUUCCGAUCUCGGUUGGACACAGGACACCUCAAGCUUUGGGGAUAUCAGCUUUCCAAUGCCACAGGGCGAUGGAUUACUCUUCCCUUCAACAGAGCCAUUUACAGCUCCAGCAUGUAGUACUUUUGAAACCCAUGUUUCGCCAUCUAUACUGUCUGGAGAAAGUUUGGUUUCUGGUACAAACCGGUGGUUGCUAGCGCAGAACUGGUUGCAUGUGUACCAUGACAGUUUCGAAAACGCUUUGUCUUGCUGGCUAACAGAGAGAAAUUGUCCUUAUACCCUUUCACAAAAACCUGAUAGCCAACUCCAUACAGGGAACAACUACUCUGCCAUAUGGGGCCCGCAGUGGUCGAACAGAAUAUAUGCUCGAGUUUGCAGCCUGGAUCGCUUUUUAAACAGCAUUCCAGGGAAGGGGUUGAGCAAGACCGACAGUUCACUGGCGGGUAAGGCAUUGCAUGCAGCCGUCAUGGCUUUCGGAGUGCAGUGGGCGCAAGCUGGACCGAGGGGUGAUAUGAGAAACUAUAGCUCAUCAACAGGAUCAAUGUCGAAUGUACACGAAGACAUGCAUUUGCCAGCUGCUGACGAAUUUGGAAGGUCUGUUCAAGAAACGUUGUGGUACCAGGCACGUCAAGCACUGCAGAACGCAGCGGGCGUCCAGUCGUACCGUGUCGCUUUCGCGAAUAUCAUCUUCUCCUUGACCCAAAAGCCACUCAAGCUUGAAGACUGGAUACAAAAUUCGAAUUGGAGGUCGCGCCUCAAUGGAAGCGAGGCCGAUAUCGACCGCGACCUUUUCAGCGAGUACGGGCCACUUUCAGGCAAAGAAGACAUCGAGUCUAGAUGGCAAGUACUCCAAGACAUCAUCAAUGCCGAUGGCCCGCCAAUAUACCUCGAGGCUGCCCUGAGGCAACUGAUAGCUUCUCGCUGGACAUGGGAACGGCGCCAGCGGCGACAGUCCUUACAAGGCAGAAGUUCGCGCAAUUCGAGGUCGUUCAAUCUUGUACAGACCACUGAUUCGACUCCUAUUCCAACGGAAGAACAUCGUGAAACCUUCAAGCUCUUGUCUUGGCUCGCAAUAAUGUUCGACACCAUUUCCUCUGCGAUGUUGCAACGCCCUCUCGUGGUCUCGGAUGAAGACAGUAAAAUUGAAUCCUCCGACCCCUGGGAUGCCUGCGAUUCCGGAAACGCACAGAAAUCGCAAGGUACAAAGCAGAACUCAGCAAAGACCUUUGAUUUGGAUGGCUGGACUCCCGAUUCACUCUCAGAAACACGGCGCGAAAGCAUGUCAAGCGAUCUGUGGGGAACGUUAUUUCUUGAAAAGUCAAGAUCUCGAUAUUUCCAAUGUGGUGAUCAGGGUCAAUUUUAUUUCAGUCUUGGGGAGGCAUCAACCAUUUUGUGUGAUGCAGCACCCGUCAAAGUUCUGCUGUUCCGCAAAGUCGGUCGCAUCCAAAAACUAAUGUCAAGACGAGCAACUAGUGAAGAUCUAGAACUCGCAGUCGACGAAGCACUGGGCGUGUAUGCUUUCUGGAACGACACGUACGGGAAAUUCAUUUCGUAUUGCAUCGCCAACCACCACGACCUUCCACCUCGCAUCCAGUCCUGGUAUAUUGUUCUCGCAGGGCAUUGGCACCUGGGUGCAAUGUUACUCGCUGAUGCGGUGGAAGAAAUGGACCAGGCAGGUCUGAGCCAAACAUUUCAGCGGAACAUAAGAAGGACAUCGGACUUUUCGAACAGUAUGAGGAGGAGUAACGCAAUCACUGUAUCCGAGUUAUGUCGAUGCUCUCUUCAUGGGCCUUCUCUAUCGUUUCCAAAGGCACGAGAAUUCUCGUACCCUGUCAACCAGGUUGCUUUGUUGUCAGAACCUUGGACAGUGGUAUUGAUUCAAUCCUUCAGCAGAGCCGGCUACAUUUUCAUCCGUUAUUUGAUGUCUUGGGAUCAGUGGACCGAUAAGCUUUGGUCCAACGAAGAUGAUGAACGGUAUCAGCUGAGGACGAGAUGCAGCUAUUGUAUUGAGGGACUGCUCAACCUGGCAAACAAAUCAGAUAUGGCGUUCCUGGCGGCGAAAUUUUUGAAAGACUGUUUGCGAAACGCGUGAGAACUGGCCCUUGCCGCGAUCUGGGUGUUACAAAACAUUGGUGGCGGCUAGAGCGAAUAUAGCAAGCACGACAAACAAUCUUAGGACAAAAUGGUAAUAAAACAGGACAUGGC